CUCCAGUUUAGCUGAAGCUGAUCAGAUCAGCCCUGUCUGUCGACAAACAUCAUAGAGUGAGAGUCUGUCUCGGAUUCGCCAAAGAGAAUUUGUACAGAUCACUGUCCUCACACCACACCAUGCCCAUCCCGCUACCCGUCCCAUUCUUCGGUUUGGCCGUAUUGCGUCGCACGGCUUGACCUGGAUCCUUGCGGCCCGUCGCCCACGACAGCAACGGAGAGGAGAGCUCCAUAGAAAAAUCCAAGGCUUGAGAGUCUCCGCAGAUCGAGCUCUCCGUUGGUUGGCCAGGCGGCGGCGCGGUUGAUGCGAAACAAGAAACGGCCAAUGAUCCCAAGGCGCGCCCUUGAGUUUUACUAAUACCCGGGUUGCGUCGCGUGCGGGCGUCAUCCUCUUGCUAGGUCGUCGCCGCUCCGGGACCGGAACUCUGGAUAAACCCGGUUUCCUUGCUGUUCUGGAUCCUUCUUCUCGCUUGUUUUUACGCGGGUUGCUUGCUCUGGUAGUCCGGUUCCUGCCCUGACCGAGGAAGCAGAUUCAGGCUUGGUGAUCGCGUAGAAGAAGAAGAAGAAGAAGCACUGAAGAAGAAGCAGAGGCUCCGCGAUCUCUUGGCUGUUCUUGAUCAAGAAGGCGGAGGAACAGAGCGCAGGCAAGGGAGGACGACAUGGACGAGGAAUACGGCGCAGCAGCUUCCAGGUACUUCUGCCACAUGUGCUCGCUGAUCAUACGGCCCGAGCUGGGCAUCGAUGAGGUCAAAUGCCCCCACUGCCACACCGGCUUCGUGGAGGAGGUGGCCGUGGACUCGCGAGGCGGCGACGGCGCGGCGAUUCCAGGCCGUGCUGCCGGCGAGCCGAGCGUGAACGCCCCGGACGCCGCGUUGGAGCGCGAGGUCUCGCUCUGGGCGCCCGUGCUCAUGGACUUCCUCGCCGCCUCGUCCGGCCGCCAGGGCCACGGCCUCGACGCCACCGCCGGCGGAGGGGACCUCGCGGCUUUCGCGCGAAGGCAGUCCCGCAACAUCGCCCUCCUGCAGCUCCUCAACGCGCUCCACGAAGGCGACGCAGCCGACGCGGGGCGCGAGCGGGUCGUGCUCGUCAGCCCCGCGGACGCGCGCGCCAUGCUCAUGGGACAAGAGCUAGGGGACGGCGCCGGCGCCGGCGCCGCUCUGGGCCGCGGCGGGCUGACUCUCGGGAACCUGUUCCUCGGCCCCGGGCUGGACCUGCUGCUGGAGUACCUGGCCGAGACCGACCCGAGCCGGCAGGGCACGCCGCCGGCCAGGAAGGAGGCCAUCGCCGCGCUGCCGACGGUCCGGGUGCGCGAGGCCUUCACCUGCCCCGUGUGCCUCGACGAGGUGGCGGCCGGCGGCGAGGCGCGGGAGAUGCCCUGCAAGCACCGGUUCCACGACCCGUGCAUCGUGCCGUGGCUGGAGAUGCACAGCUCCUGCCCCGUGUGCAGGCACCAGCUGCCCGCGGGGGAGCCGGCUGAGCCGGCCGGCAGCGGCCGGCGCGCUGGCGACGAGGCCAGUGGCAACGCGCGCGGCGGCGACGCGGGAAGGGGCGGCAGGAGGCAUUGGUUCUCGUGGCCUUUUGGCGGGCUGUUCUCGCAAAGAUCAAACGGGAGCUCAUCGUCGUCGUCGUCGUCUUGAUGCAAUGAACAGAAUAAAGAAGAAAAUAUUGUAGAAGUUCGUUUUUGAUUGCUACGUGAUGAUUGGGUUAAUAUUGGCCAUUGUAAAGCUGCAUUUGUCCCUAGGUUUAUUUGAACUAGUUUUGCUUCGUUCAGGCGGAUAGAGAUUAUUGGGGAAUGAAUCUAUCAACGCUGCCAGAGCAUCUAAAACUGAAUUUCUGCUCGAAUUGCCCAUCAAAAAAAUUUCUGCUCGAAUA